AUCGUUUUGAAACCAAAAUAGACACAGCCUAAAACUUCCUAGCAAGUUCUUUAUUGAAGUAAAGGACUGUUAAACUUCCCAGCAAGUUCUUUAUUGAAGCAAGACCUGUAAAACUUCCCAGCAAGUUCUUUAUUGAAGUAAAGGACUGUAAAACUUCCCAGCAAGUUCUACCCACACUGCUAUAAAUUUAAUAAUUUCCUUGGCAUACUCAAAUUCAUUGCAGUUUAGGUUGUCCUUUUUGUUGUUUUGAGUCGAUCAAUAGAGUGUACUAAGUUUCAGUGUGUCAGUUUUCAAAAGAUUAGAAUGGAAUAUGUUUUGGUUAGUGUUGUGGUUGAAAAACUCGGCGGGAUGAUGAUAGACCAGAUAAAUAAGGAGGCUUCGCUUCUUCUUAACUUCAGAAAGGACUUUGAAUGGCUGAGGAAGAAGCUUGCAAACAUACGUAGCUAUCUCGGAGAAAUAGAUCUUCAAGCUGCACACGAUAAGGCCGUGAAAGACUGGCUGCUGGAAGUUGCAGAAAUUGCUUUCGAUGCAGAGGACAUACUAGACUUAUGUGCUCUUCAAUCUCAAGGUACUACUAAUAAUGAUAUCCCCAAAUCCUCUUGUGUCUGUGCUUUCAGUUAUUCUCAAUUAGUGUUCUGGUAUAAAAUGGCACGUCGGAUUAAGGACGUGAAAUAUAGAGUAAGGUAUAUUAUGAAAGAUUCUGGAAAGGAGCUUAAGCUUGUUAGGGAUCUGACCCAUACAGAUCAACCCUCCACUUGUACAUUACUGAAGAAUGUAAUGUGGAGGGGAAUACCUCAGAUGGAGAUAGAUUCACGACCAGUGGGUAUCUAUGACAAGGUUAGAUAUGUCCUCCACUUAAUGGAUGACCCUGCUGCUCCUGUCAUUGCCGUCGUGGGAAUGGGCGGCGUGGGGAAGACGUUCCUAAUGAAAAAUGUUUUUGACAGAGCAAAAGACAAGUUUGAGAAGUCAAUUUGGCUUGAUAUUUCUCAGACUUACUCCCUUGAAAAGUUGCAAGCUGAUUUGGCCUCGGAAAUAAAUCUGAAUGAGGUCGUUUAUGGAAGGGUAACUAAGGUGCAGGCAGCAAAGUUGAUUCAUGAUCAUUUAGCAAGCAAAAGGUGUCUCAUUGUGCUUGAUGAUGUGUGGAGGGCAACCGGGGAAGAAGAUUUGAUAUCUGCACUCGGCAUUCCAAGGGGAAGUGACAGCCAGUGCAAAAUUGUGGUCACCGCAAGAAACAGAAAUGUGUGCGGAAACAUGGAAGCUCGUGUUUAUGACGUGCCACCUCUGUCAGAAGAAGAAAGCUGGAACCUGUUUUGCGCUUAUGCCUUCCCUGACUGCCGGCAAAAUCAGCUUCCACAUCAUCUUGAAGGGAUUGCUCGUCAAAUUGAAGGGGAAUGUGGGAGAUUGCCCUUGGCUGUUAAAACAGUGGCAGCAUCUCUGGCGAGAGAGAGUUCGUCAAGGGAGUGGGAAUCCAAACUGGGGCAGCUAAAAGCAGUAUCACAUACCGACGAUCCAGUUAUGCAGAUUCUGAAGCUGAGUUAUGAUUCUCUCCCUGCUAAUCUUAAACCCUGUUUUGUAUAUCUUUCUUUCUUUCCUGAAGAUGAGGAAAUAGAGUUCCAAUAUCUUAUAAACCUGUGGGUGGCAGAAGGAUGUGUCCCUGAAGGAGAGGACCAGUUAGAUAUUGGAUGGAAGUAUAUACGUGAUCUUCAGAACCUAUGUUUGGUUGAAAGAGUAGGAGACCUUUAUGAUCAAGAAAAUAAAAUGUUUAAAUUGCAUGAUUUGCUGCUGGAUUUGGCCAUUAGUAUAUCAAAACAAGGUCAAUGUGUAUUUAGUACAGAGGAAGCCUUCAAGAACGGUCCAACUGUGCAAAUGAGUAGGAAGUACAGAAGGAUUUUAAUGGCCAAGAAAAACAUGGCCGAUGGUGAUGUAAAUGUAAUGGCAAAUGGCAGGGCAUAUUCUGCAUCACGCCUUCGCACUCUAUCAUUCUCAGAAAAUAGAGGUAUUCAAAACAUUCCGGCAAGCUUGCUUGGUGGUGCCAGAGUAUUGCGUGUUCUUGACUUGAGUGGCACUGACAUCUUGUCAUUGCCUGAUUGUGUUGGAGAUUUGAAGCUCCUCAGAGUUUUGAAUUUAAAGAUGACCAAAAUUAGUAAGGUACCAGAAUGUGUGAGAAAAAAUAAGAGUCUUCAUUUCCUUAACAUUUCUUGGUGCCGGAAUCUAGAACAGUUUCCUGAGUGGAUUGGUGAGCUCAGUUGCCUGAGACAUCUAGAUAUACGCCCAAGCCAUGAGAAACAAUUUGACGGAUCGAUGCCCAAGGGAAUAUCCAAGCUUGUGUCUUUACAGGUCCUAAAAAUAGAUGAUGACAACAAACUAUCUGUUCAGCAGAAUGAAUUUUUAAUGUUGGAGCAUUUUGUGAAUUUGGUCAACCUCCGAGAAGUGCGAAUAGAUAUAAAUCAUUGGGUUGAAUUGAAAAGUAUAGAAGAUGGAAUCCUUGCCACAUUGGUGAAGAUGCGUAAUUUGACAAUAUACAAUAGAAGUGGUGCGCAUGGACGAGGUAAUCUUCCACCUCUAUCGGAGAAAAUGUUAGCUAUGAAAGAUCUUGAAUACCUCUAUCUAGAUUCAUUUGCAGUGCCAAAUUGGAUAUUGGGCUUCUCAAAUCUGACGCAAUUGGAGUUAUGGGAAUGCCAUUGUGCUAAAUAUCCAGCACUAGAAAUGAUGCCCAACUUAACAAAGUUGCAAUUGUAUUUUAAUACUAUUUGUAGGGCAUUGCCAACAGGGUUUGGGAAGUCUGGGGGAUUCCCUAAGCUACGUUCUUUUACAAUCAAUUUACUUUGUGUGUUAGAGGAGUUGCCAGAAUUUGAGGAUGGAGCGAUGCCACUCCUGGAGAUAUUACAAGUAUAUGAAUGUCGCAAUUUGAAGCAAGUUCCACGUGGAUUGGAGCGUCUUAAAAGUUUGAAAGAGUGCUGCUUUGACAACACAGGAGUGACACAUAUGUUGGAGAAGGGUGGGGGAUUAUGGAAUAAAAUGGAACGCAGUAACCCCAAUGUUAGAAUCAGAAGUUCCUCGUCAAAUGCAAAAUAGGCGGAGUAGCCAUUCAUAUAUCAUUGUCAUAUUAUGUAUGAUUUAUAUCAAUGAAAAACAAGAGCUGUGAGACAGCAUAAGUCCAUGCUAGCAAUGCAGUGUUGAGAACAAUUAAGUAGUAAGAGCAUGUAAAAAAUGUAUAAAAAUAAAUAAUACUAUAUAUGAAAGGGCA